AUGGCGCCGAAACGCAAACGCCCAACUCCUUCCCACGAAUCGCCACCUACGGACGUUUCCUCCGGCGAGGAGUCGCGCACCGGCCCCCUGCCCCCGACAGCUGAAGAGCAACGGGAAGCGGACGAGGAAAGCGGAGAAGAGGAAAGCGGAUCCUCCGGAGCACCAUCCGGGUCCCAGUCCCGAUCGGACGACGAAGCAGCGUAUGAGCAGCAACCAGCAAGGCCCUCGCAACAGAAGAAGAAGAAGCCCUCUUUGGACUCGGACUCGGGCUCGAGUUAUGAAUCCGACCCCCGAAAUGUGACCCGCGCUGUGGAGCCCGUUGCCGCGGCCAAGGAGGGCGCAUCAAAGAAGCCGGCCAGACAUCAACAGUCGGAAAGGCAGCCUGCGAAGAGGGACGGCAAUGCCGAAGGAGGAGGAGAAGAAUCGUCUGGACCGUCGGAAUCCCAUGAUGAAGCAGCAAGGCACGAAUUCCUAAAGCCCUCGCGUGCAAAGAAGCCCACUCCAGACUCGGAGUCUUCUGAAUCGAAGUCUGAAGACGAGACCCGCGCUGUCAAGGCCGUCGCCGCCGGCAAGGAGGUCACGCCGGUAGAGGAGCCGGCCACGUCUCAAGAGUUAAAGAAGCGGCCCACAGAGAGGCGGAGGAAGGGCAGCGAUGUUAACAAUGGAGCCAGGGCUGGGGCCACGACGCAGCAUGCCGGGGAGGGGUCGCCGUGGUUUCGACGCAUCUGGAGUGAGAAUGAUGAGAUCAAGCUCCUCAAGGGAAUGAUCAAAUUCCACAAGAAGAAGAAGCUAGAGCCCUUGACCAACUUCAGCCUAUUCAAACGUUUUCUCGACAAGAAAUCAGUGAGGUUCGACUUCUCUCCCAAUGAAUCGCAAAUCUUCAACAAGAUUAGGUCAAUGAAACGCAAGUUCAGUAACGGGUGUAAGGCAGGGCGUAUUUGGAAGAAGCCCCAUGAUCAGAAGUUCUUUGAGCUUUCCCGUGUCCUCUGGGGUGGUGAGAAUGGCGGCGAGAAAGUGCACUCGUCUUUAAAGAAGAUUAAGACUUCUAAAAACGCCAGCAAGAUUGUUGCUCCUCCGACAAAGUUGGAGGAGGAGGAGGAGUUCGAGGAUGGCAUUAGGGCCAGCGAACCUUCUCUAUUGCGGCUGACCAGCAUGGGGCUAGGAGAGGAAGUUGUGAAAAUUGGAAUAGGGAUGAUCGACUCAUCAGAGAUGGAGGAACUAAAAGAGAGGUGGCGGCAAAUGCGCCUGUCCGAACUACAGGUUGCCAGUGAUAGAGCGACGCUCAUGAAUCACCAGGCGAAGCUAUUUAUGGAUGGCUAUCGUCGAGCAAAGCAGCAGUUACAGGAAGCAGAUUGUGAUCCUUAG